UUUAACUUUUGACAUCAAUUUUUAAACGUAAUCGUCGACAAGUUUUGAGUAAAUGAUCGGAAAGUUUUGUGUGAAUUUCUACUUUAAUUCUGUAGUUUAAUCAGCAUUUGCUGAUUAUAUGUAGAAAAUAUUCGUUGGAAGUGGUGGCAUUCUCGUUAAAUGUGAUUAAAUAGAUCCUUAAUAAAUAAAAUCGAUUGCGGUGUAGUGAAAAGUCUCCUUGCGAUAGUUUGAUCAAUAUCCAGGGACGAAGUGCGGUUUGUCACGUAGCUCGUAUGGUUUGCUUCUAUUGCUUUGAGUCUCGUAGAUCCUGAAAAAAUUGUUAUUUAUUUUAAUCACAAUUUUACUGGCUGAUGUUGGUCUGCUGUGCAAAGUUGGCCGGGUGUUUUAUUGCAUCACAUUUAUUCAGUGGCAAAGUCGUUGGCUAAAAGUCAAACAUCUUGCUGCGUAAUUUCACCCGAGUGGUGACCGGCAACGAAGGAGAGUGAAGAUUGUGCUGCAAAAAUAAAAGUGGAGGUGAAGAUUGGUUCAGUGCGAAGAGAAAAAACAAAAUGUCGAACGUUGGGGACAAAUUUGAGCUUUCUCGGGACGAGUUUCGGAACAUUACAAAGUGCUUGGAAAAUGAAGAGUUUCGAAAAUUAUUUGCAGAGUACUGUCAGGACCUUAACGAUCCAAAUAACCGGAAGCAGUACGAAGAAGAACUCAAGCUCUUGGAAGCUGAGAGGGGAUACGACGUGAAGUUCAUUAAACCUUUGCCGGGUUAUGUAAUUAAGACCGUCGUCGAUGGAAAUACAAAAACAUUCGUCAACGUUUGCCACUGUGAUCUGAUCGGCAAACCAGCAAGCCAAUCUUCGGUUGACGAAAAAGGCCAAAAGGGUCUGAAAUGGAGCAUUCCGUAUGCCCAGAGCCAACCGAGGAAAGAUUAUGAUAACAAAAACGUUGAAUGUAUUGUUUACGAUGUUGUGUUUCACUACGAUACGCUGCAUUUGACUAAAAGUAAUAAAAAUUUCCGAAAAUUGGUUACCGAUACCGCUUUGGAUGCUGUGGAAGGAGCGUUCAAAGUUUCAUUGGAUAGAAUCAAUUUAAAGUUUCCUAAGCUACAGUACAAAGGGGUCGCCAAAAUGACAGUGAUCCGUCAAAAAUCGAAAAACUCGGAUAUGCAUCAGAAAGAUGACCUAAUUGAUAAGAUUUUUUGUGCAUCCAAGCAAGGAAACUUGGCUCAUGAUAAGAAAUCUGAUAAGGAAAACAUCAAUAAACAAUCAUCUCAACAAAAUUAUACAACUCCCUCAUACAAACUCAUCCAUCGUAAAGAUGUUGAAUAUCACGAGUUGACGGAAGAAUUGGAUUCAAAAAUGGAUGCCGCCAUCCCCAAGGAGCUGGUACUAAUUAUUGAGCUACCUUUGAUUAAAUCGGCCAGCCAAUGUACUCUGAAUGUCACCGGCAAUGAAGUGCACCUGAUUAGUGAAGAUCCGGCAAAAUACAAGUUGGAGGUCAAAUUGCCCUACACUGUGCUCGAAAAGGAAGGAUCGGCAAAGUUCAACACCGAUGACAAAACUUUGUCUGUUCGGCUGCCGGUUGUCAAGAAUCGUCGCACACUAAACGAUUUAACUGCACAGCACAAUGUUGGAAGCGUUUCCGAUGAAAUGGAGAGAAAACCAGUCGAACCGGUCAAGCCGCCAAGAGGGCCUCAAGUUAUUUCAUGCAACAACAAUAAGAAGAUAAUAUUCCCCAAGUUUUCCGCAAACAAAAUGGAUAGCAUUUUUGCAUUUACAUUAAACGUUCGUAAUGUUGAUCCAUCUAGCAUAGAACUGCUAAAGGGAACUGAUACGGUCAGUUGCAGAUUUACUAAUAUAGGCAACGGAUUUUUCCCAUGUUAUUACGUAUUCUUCGUUCGGUUUCCAAACGCCAACGUCGUCGAGGUCCAGCAUGAGGAAUGGGAUAAUAAUUUGAUUCUACAAGUAGUCCUCGAUCAUGGGCUCAUUGAUUACUACUGCGCCGGUACAAACGAAAAUGAUAUGGCGCAAUAUUCGAUCAUGGAGGACAUCAGUGAUAAAAUUACUAAUUUAGGGAAAGAAAUUGAAGACGACAGUCUUUGUAUAGCAGUCUCCAAGAAUGCCAUCAAACAGGAACGCAAAUCGUCUCAUCUGAGCAUCGAAAUCAAAACGAAAGAUGAUACCGACAGCGAUGAAGGGAUCGAUUCUGCACAAGAUGGAGAGCUGAAGACUGAUCAAUCCUUACCAGAGGAUGAACCGCAAAACGAAGUAACCUCCAAUGCGGAUGUGAAUGCCAACGUUGCCACUGAGGAUGCGACUAAAAUCGACCAAGAAACGACUCAUGAAAGUAAAAAGGGAAGAAAAAAUCAACGUAGGAAAAACAAAAAACGAUCUCUGUCGGAGUCUUGCUGUGAUCAUAUAAAGGUUACAGCAGACAAUGACACUACCGAGAAAGAUCCUGAAACUGAAGCGAAAACAAAUGCAUUUGGAUGUAGCAGCGAAACUGCUUCUAAACAACGAAAAGCUCGGAGUUUCUCCGAAUCAUGCCCUACAGCAGAAAAACCAGGAGCUGAUUCCGAUUCUAUGGAUAAUUUAUCUGCUCUGAUACAGUUCAACCGUAAGUUCAAAGGAAUCUUGAAGCGUCCAUCGCUCCAACGCAGUAUCAGUGAAUGUUCGUCUAUCGAUGAACAUUACUAUCUGGGAACAUCCGUCGAUGGAUGCAGCAUCGGAGAAUCAGUAGAGAAUACAAACGGAGAAUUGUCCGAAAGCUGUCGAAAAACCGUUCGCUUCAAUGACUCGAUCAGAACUAAAUUGUUCAGAUCUAACACUAGCAUUCUUGGACAGAAGAAAAAGAACGCUAAGAAAAACGAGAGUAAACGUCGCUCGUUGUCCCGUCGUUUGAGUGAAGGAGAGAGCACAGAUAAUGAGGACAAGGAUCCCUCAACCAAUAACGAAGCACCAACAGUAACAGUACAAAAAGACGCCGAACACGAUAGCGGAAUUUCUUUGGAUUCUGAUAUAGGACAUUCAGCCGAAAGAGACGUAAACCAAUAUCAGUACGAUUCUACUAAACCCAUAGAGAUCAAUCGUGAGGCUAGCAAAAAUGGCAAUUCUAACAUGAAAACAAAGCCCCAAGCUAAAGGAUGCAAAAACGGCAAGCGCAAUGACUCCAGUGAUAUUGAGUUCAAGAGCGAAAUGAUUUUCGAUAUUGAAAUGUAGCAUGAUUGAUCAUUAUUUUGAAGGAUAGUUUCAACCGAAUUGAAUGAAGCACUUAUCAAAAUAUUAUAUUUUGAUAAAUAGUUUGCAAGAUCUACAGCAUCACAAUUGUUAAAUAUUUGAUUGCAACAUUAAAACAAACCUGCUUAAAGCAUUGGAUCUAAAGAAUUCAAUUUAGUUCAUACCUACUUAGGAAACGCAAAUCAAAACAUUUAAAUUUGGAUUGAUAGAGUUUAUCGUAAUCCGUUCACGCUAAAUAAAAUCGAAAUGAUUACAAUUGCCAUAAAAUGUAAGAA